AUGGGCUGGUUUGGAUUGAAAGGCGGGUGGCUCACCUUCUGGGUAACCGUCGCCUGCGCGACAGACAUGACACUCUUUGGCUACGACCAAGGCGUCUUCGGCGGCGUCAUCGUGACCGACGACUUCCUCCAAACAAUGGGCAUCGUCGGCAACGACACGCUGCAAUCCACCGUCACCGCAAUCUACGACAUUGGCUGCUUCCUCGGCGCAAUCUCCACGAUCUGGUUCGGCGAGCGCCUCGGCCGCAAGAACACCAUCCUCGUCGGCACCACAAUCAUGUCCAUCGGCGCCAUCCUGCAGACCGCCGCCUUUGGCCUCCCGCAAAUGUUUGUCGGCCGCGUGGUGGCGGGCAUCGGGAACGGCAUCAACACCAGCACGGCCCCCGUGUGGCAGGGCGAGACGAGCAAGGCUAGCUGGAGGGGCAAGCUGAUUGUCAUUGAGAUGAUUAUGAACAUUUUCGGCUUCUCCUUGAGCAACUGGGUCACCUUUGGCUUCUCAUACCUCACCGGUUCCAUCUCGUGGCGUGUUCCCCUCGCCUUCCAAUUCUUCUUCAUCUUUAUCCUCUACGGCACGGUCCCCUGGUUGCCAGAGUCACCUCGCUGGCUCAUGGCCCAAGGCCGCGUCCCCGAGGCCGAACAGAUUCUCGCCGACCUGGAAGACAUGCCCGUCGACGACGCCUACAUCCAGACCCAGUCCAAGGACAUCCAGUGGGCCAUUAACUACGAGAGAGAGAAUACUAUCCCCUGGUCAGACCUCCUCCGGGGACGUACCGGCGAGUCGUCUGGAACCUCUACUAUACGGCGUAUAGUCCUUGGAUGCGGGACGCAAGCCAUGCAACAAUUUAGCGGGAUUAACGUCACGAGCUACUACUUGCCCCUCGUUCUCAUCAACUCUGUUGGACUGGAUAAUAAGCUCGCGAGGUUGCUGGCGGCGUGCAACUCUGUCAGUUACUUCUUGUUCAGCUUGAUUGGUAUCCCAAACGUGGAGAGGUGGGGAAGACGGAAGAUGAUGAUGUACGGCGCGUUUGGCCAGUUCGUCUGCUACGCCGUCAUCACAAUUUGCAUCCGCUACAAUGAGAUGCCGGGCCUCGCCCCGGAGACGCAGUCCCAGUGGGCAAAGGCCUCUAUCGCCUUCUUCUUCUUGUACUAUGUCUUCUUUGGAAUUUGCUGGCAAGGUGUCCCAUGGCUAUACCCCACCGAGAUCAACAGCUUGUCUAUGCGCACAAAGGGUGCCGCCCUCGGUACCGCAACGAACUGGAUCGUCAACUUCAUGGUUGUCGAAAUCACACCCCCUGGAAUCUCCGCCCUCGGCUGGCAAUUCUACAUCAUCUGGACAGUCUUCAACUUUGCCUUUGUCCCCAUCGUCUACCUCUUUUACCCCGAGACGGCCGACCGCUCCCUCGAGGACGUGGACCGCUUCUUCGCCGACAACCACGACGUAUUCGUCUUCCGCGACAAGGACGCCACGUCGUCCAAGCGCCCGCUCAAGUACGUCGCGCAAGAGGAAGAGGCGAUUAUGAAGCGCAACAGCCGCGGCGGCGUGUCUGGCGGCGAGGCGGAGGAUAUGUUGAGGAGGCGGGGCGCCGCGGAGAAGAUGAAGAAGGGGAGCGAGGAUGAGGAGAUGGCCUUUGGGGAGCAUAAGGAGAGGACUUAG